AUGUCCACCCCCGCAGAGUCGCCCCCCACCGCUUCUGGCUCCAAGCCACACCGAGUCUUAUCCUGUGUGCUUUGUCAGCAACGCAAGAUCAGAUGCGAUCGCAAAUCGCCCUGUGCCAACUGCCUUCGCGCGGGCGCUGAGUGUGUGCUGGCUACGCGCCAGCGACGUCGACGCUUCGCCGAGCGCGACCUCCUAGAGCGUCUCCGUUACUAUGAGGACCUUCUACGCGACAACAACAUCCCUUUUCAGCCGUUACAUCCUUCGCCGGAUGACCCGACCUCACCCGGUGAGAGGGAGCCAAGCUCAUGCAGGUCCGAGCUAGAACGACGAUCGGAUGCGAAGCCCAGAGCAGUGGACCCUGACCAUGACGAUGAGGCAACCCAUGGUGGUCUCGGCCAGGAUGUAAAUCAAAGCGUGAUUACGACUGUCUGGAAUCAGAUGUACCAGCGUGAACCGAAUGAUUCUCUCUUGUUCGGCCCUGCAGCGACCGACAUGGAUCUUGCAGCCACGCACCCAGACCAGGCUCAAAUCUUUCGACUUUGGCAGACGUAUCUGGAUAACAUUGACCCACUGCUCAAGGUCACCCACACGCCAACCUUGCAGUCCCGCAUCAUCGACGCCGCAGCCGAUUUAGCUCGGGUCCCUCCGGCACUGGAGGCCUUAAUGUUCAGCAUCUACUGCAUGGCUCUGCUGAGUUGCACGGACGAGGACUGCCGGAAGGUGCUCGGCGCUACUCGCAAAGAGAAAAUAGGUCGCUACCAGCUCGCUUGCCAGCAGGCGUUGCGGCGCUGUGAUGCUUUUCGAUCACCCGAUCGCGACAGUUUGACUGCGCUGUUUCUCUACCUGGUGUCUAUACGUCAAGAUACAGAUCCCCGGUCGUUGUCCUCCAUGUUAGCUGUGGCUAUCCGCAUCGCGCGCCGUAUGUGCCUACAUCAAGAAGCGGCCAAUGCUCGCUACCCGGCGUUGGAAGGGGAGAUGCGCCGCCGGCUGUGGUGGUCUCUCAUCCUGUUCGAUAGCCGCAUUUGCGAGAUGUUCGACUACCGAACAGCUCCACUAGAACCAACCUGGGACUGUCGGCCACCAGCCAACAUACACGACUUUGAUCUCCGACCCGAGAUGACGGCAAUGCCUGCCGUACACGACCGACCGACCGAGGCAAUCUUUACUGUGGCUCGGAGUGAGAUUGCAGACUUUAUCCGUCAUAGUCCCUUUCAUCUUGACCUCACGAAUCCCCUCCUCCAUCGCAUGGUGGGCACAUCACAGCAUCCCAGCGACAUGGCCGAGUUCGAGAAUACUAUAGAGCGCAAGUAUCUCGCCUCCUGUAGCCUCGACAAUCCUCUGCAGUACAUGGUUCUCUGGACGGUACGUGGGACAGUGGCCAAGAACUAUCUCCUCGAAUACUACACCCAACAGGCAAAAGCUCGCGAAAAGCCGACAGAAUCCGCGCUGGACAAGGCUCUAGACCAUGCCCUUACUGUCCUCGGCUCGGACACCAGACUGAUGGCCUCCCCACUCACCGUGGGAUAUCGGUGGUUUCUGCUCAUGUACUUCCCGCUACCCGCCUACAUACACAUUCUCCAAGAUCUGCGGAGACGAUCGGCGAAACAAACCACUGCGAUCUGGGAAGCAAUGAGUGAAAACUACGAGGCGCGCAGCGUGGGUAGCGUGGCGAAUGAAUCGUCUAUAUUCGUGGUCAUCGCGCGCCUCGUUCUUCAGGCCUGGGAAGCGCGCGAGGCAGCAUCGCCUGACGGAAUACCACAACCACCACGAAUGGUAGCGGACAUUCGUAGAAGGAUACUCGAAAUGCAAGUAUCUUUCCCCGGUCGCAGUAAUCUGGAACCGCUAAAUAGCGAUGCCAUAGCAGCUGGUGGCACGCAGAGAUUUUCGCCUCAAAUGGAUGCGAACAUAAGCCUUGGGGCUCAUGGUGUCGCGGGUGAAGCAGAGAUUCUGGGUUCCACCACCCGGGCAGAUGCCAUUGACUACGCUUCUUUACUCGGGUUCAAUCAGACGGGCAUCGAUCCGAACCAAGUGUACCUGUCUCCGAUGGACUGGAUCUUUGCGCAGCCAUGA